GACAUCCAUCAAACCCCUAAGCUAGUGAGACAGCAGCAGGGAGGAUGGGACCCGGAAGAGAAGCUGCCGCUGGGGUGAGUUAUUUCCCCGCCCCUCGGAGGAGAGAGGCAGCCCGGUUACACCAUGUUUCAGUUUCUGCUUGGUUUUGCUCUCGGCAAUGUGGUUGGGAUGUAUCUGGCGCAGAAUUAUGAUAUUCCUGACCUUGCAAAGAAACUUGAAGAUUUUAAAAAAGAUGUGGAAGCUAAGAAGAAACCUCCCAGUGACAAAUCGUAAGCCACUGAUGUUGACCAGAUCAUCUCCACACAAAUUUCAAGGAUAUAAUUCCCCUUCAAGCUACAAGUUCCAAGUAGAAUUCGGGCUUUGGGGGAUUUCCUCCACUUCCAGUCUCCCAGAACCUGGCUGUCCUUGAGCUGAAGUGCAAUCAUGAAUGUGCAGUGAGACCUAACAACAUCAGGAGUUUCAGGAAACCUGACUCAGAGCUGAUGUGAUUAGGAAAGAAAGUUUGGAUUUUUUUGCAAUUACUUAAUAUUUUAUAAUCAAUUUUUAUAUGGCUCAACUGGAGAUCACUGCAAAUCCUACAAUUAUCCCUACCUGAUGCUUUAUUAUAAUUCUUAAAAUGCCUCAAAAGAAAUUAAAACAAAUGUAUCCGGAAGUCACUUCUGAAGACUUCUUUUAUUCUGAGUUAUAUUACAUCAUUGUCCUUUCUUUAAUCCUCCUGUGUGGGACUGAAUCAUGGGUAAUUUCAGUCCUUGUGCUGGAGAUGGAAUGAGAGCUUUGAGUGUCCAGUGAAUUUACAUGAAUAGUUGUCUGUUUCCAUUUUUUGUAUAUUAUCUUAUUUUUGGCAGUGUUUUUCUUUGUACAAAGUGAGCAAAAACAUGAUUGACUCCAAAGGAUGUAAAAGGAUACCAGCUUCAACCUACAUUUUACCUUCACUGGUUUUUCUUUCUCUGCUCUGUUCCAUUGCCUCACCCCAUUUCAUUUUCACUCCUUCCCCCCCCUUGGUCAUUUUGGGACACAUACCUUAAGCUGGGGAUGAUGAAUCAGCAGUUGACGAAGAUGACUCAAAUUCACUUAUAAAGAUAGUUAAAUGUACAGCUCUUUUGCAUCCUCUCCUUACUGCCCCAAGCAGCACUUUCCCCCAGAUGAAGCAUUAGCACAUUGAGUGUAGUAUGUGACACACUCUACCAGUCCCUCAACCCCCUGCUUUUCUUUUGCAGUUGGACAAUAAUUUUAGUAUGUAUACAGGUUCAUCUUACCAUCUCACUGAGCAUGCGCUGGCACUACUUAGCCUAGCGUGUUCCCCUUUACCUUUCUUGGCCACAAUAUAUUAAAUGGAAAUACAAACCCUUAAGUAUGAGGCAUUGAUCCAUGAUGUUACAAGUACUACACUCUUUGGUCUGAAUGGUAAACAUCCUAUCAGACAAAAAGAGAUGUAUGUUUUAGUUAACUAAUUAGUUUACUGUUCUCCACUAAAAAAAAGCACCCAUCCUUUGCAUUUCACACAUGUUUUUAGAAGUACAUGUAUAAAGAAACAGACGCAUCAGGUACCCCUGAUCAGUAACCAACACAGCUAUGCCAAACCACUAUUGAGCACAGACUAUUCUUUGAGAGAGACUCACACUGGAUAAUCCACAAUCUAUUCAAGUAUCAGAGAGGUAGCCGUGUUAGUCUGGUUCUGUAGAAGCAGAACCAGAAUCUAUUCAAGUCAAUCUUGCACUCUGUACUCAUGCACUUUUCCCCUGAGUAAUGAGUACAGAACUGGACCCAUGCUGCCUAAUUUUUUAAAAGCCCCUUUUCCAAAUGUGAUGAAUUUGGUAAUAAACAAUCUGAGGGAAAUUAUUUUUCUACUUUUCUCCAGAACUUUAGAGCCAAAAUUUUGAUAUACAGUACUUAAAACCACUCAGAUUUCUUCAGUUACCACCUACAAUUAUUUGAACACUUAUUGUGAAUUUAGUUUUUUUUCCCAAGGCGUAUAUUAUGCUCUUCCUGCAUAUCACACAGAGAUGAGGAGGGAAUGAGUAUUUAAGGUUUCUCUAUAAUAUUUGACCAUAGAAGCUGCUUUAGCAUGAAAGGUGCAAUUUAUAUCUCAAAUGUUCAUCUGACAAUCACAGCAGAUGUCAGGAAAUUUCCUAUCAGCCUAUAAAGCUUUUUCAAAUAGAACCAGGCAUAUCUGUAGCGCUAUAUAAACAAUACAAAAGUAUUAAUAAUAAGGGUUUAAGUGUUCCACAAAGUUUGCAACACCUUGCAUGUUAGCCCAAAAUUAUUUUUCUUCCACCUGGAAAACUGGAGAGCUCAAUUACAUUUUAGAAGGCAAUAAUUCUUAAAUUUUGCAAGCCCUCUACAAUAAAUUGCAUUAAACAUAAGUUAGCUGUGCGCUACACUAGAUUAUAUUGAUGUAUAACCCACAGUUACACAUCCAACUGGCAGAACCAUGGCAAUGAGCACAUGAAUGAUACUGAGGUAAAUAGCUGAAUCGCCAACCAGACUCUAAAACCGCCCUUCCCUUGCAAAAGCACCUAGGAUGAACUGGGGUGCAACUACUAGCUCUACUUUCUAGGGCUGAAUCCUUCAUUGGGGCACAGCAAUGGGAGAGAACAGAGCACAGCCUGUUUCAAAGUCUGGGGAAGGAAGAUAUGGAAUGCUACCACAGAAAGGCUGCGUUCCAGAUGUUUAACAAAAAUAGAGCCCUUGAUCAACAAAUACUAAAUCACAGAAUGCUUCAAACCAAGAAGCUAUCAGUGUACCUCAAGUUUAGCAUGUCCUGUGACCCACUUCUAACCCAACCACAUGCUGCUAGAGUCACCGGGCUGGUUGUCUGUUGACUGUUAUAGCUAUCCCAGAAUACCUUGCUAUGGAAAACUGCUGAUGCAGGCUGCCGUACCCAAUACACAGGUGCUCCUGUGUUACUUCAUGGGCCUCAUUUAGGUCAGGCAGCGCCAAAGUGAGACUCCUGCAGAAUCCUCAUUUAUACAAAUGAAGGCAAGAACUCACUAUUCUGGUUGUUUCAAUAGUCUUCUGCGUAGAGUCUCUCAUUCCCUCUCCCCUCUCACUUCUCUUCACUAACCCUUUUCUGCUCUGCCCCCAACAGACCUUAAUGAUGGAGGUCUUCAUUCUAGUUAAAGAAGGCUGAACAUGGUUUUCUGGGGGCCAUCUUAGCACAACUUUGAGCACUGAUGAAUCUUGAUGGGAGGCAAUCCCUGCUGGCCUAAUAGCAAAGGGCCUUUUCUCUGUGUAUUAAAUGACAUCACGUAAAAUCCUGGCCCAAAGGAAGUCAAUGGUAACACUCUAAUUGCUUUCUAUGGGGCCUUAGACUUCCCUCUCCUACCUCAUUGUCAGUCACGUCUCCCAACAGGUUCCUGCUGACCUCUCCACAUCUGCCUUUUUUAGGGGGCACUGUGAUAUAUUCUGUGCUGGCCUGGGGGCAGCGUCUUGUAUUGAUUGUACCAGCUUUGGAUCACUAUGGCCAAGAUUCAUAAAGGUACUCUAGGCCCCUACCUCCCUUUGUGCUACUGGGCCUCUACUGUUCAACCGGCCAUGGUGCGCACACAGGACAAAGACAAAUCAGUGCCAUAUGUUCAAGUGAUGUGGGAUUAAUUUCGUUAAUAUAAAUUACAUUUUGUAGAAAUAUGUUUAGGCCUUGCCAUUUCUGCAUAGAGUAAAUCUUAGUGCUGUGUGAUGGCGUUACUUUUGUGUCUUAGAAACUGGUGCUUCAUGCAAUGAAGUAGGCAGUUAAACAGUGUAGGGACAAAUUCCCCUAUACUGCUCUUUUUACGUCUUUCUCUGGGGGACUGAAAAAAAUAGUUGUUUUGUUAAGUUUGUCAGUGGUGUCUGCUAACUUUUAUGGAUUCCCAAGAGGUGGGUUCUAUUUAUUGAAUACGUAGCAAUAUAAGAUAAGAUGUUAUUCACUACUUCUCUUGAAAUAUGCAUUAAAAUUUAAAUGAUCACCAUGAA